CAAACGUGAGACGCUCCAACUACAUAUUGGACGUGAAAGCGAAGAGGCGUUCUCAUCGCACUUCGCCUAUAAGAAUCUUUCUGGUGCUUCACAUGGUGACUCUUCAAAGCCACCUGUCAGUUAGGACAGGCGUUCUCCUAAACCGGAGCGUUACGCAUAUCAUUCGGGACAUGGAAUAGAGGAAAUAAUACUGGGACUGGGACUGGGACGGCAAGUACUGCCAGGUUUUGUAAAGGAAAAAACAGCCUACCUCUCUUUUUUUUAAUCGAAAAGUAGGAUUAUUGUCUCUGAAGUUAUUUAUGUAAAUUAGGCUACUUGUUUGGCUGUAGCCUAGAUUUUGUACCUUCUGCGCGCUAGCAAAUCAAAUGCUUUUGCACCAGUUUGUUAAGGGGACAUUGGAGACAAUGCAUCCUACAAUUAAAAAAGACACUACUUUCACAAAGAUAUUUGUGGGUGGUUUACCUUAUCAUACCACGGAUGCAUCUCUUCGAAAAUAUUUCGAAACUUUCGGGGAUAUCGACGAAGCAGUUGUAAUAACUGACAGACAGACCGGGAAAUCGCGAGGAUACGGAUUUGUUACUAUGAUGGACAGGGGGGCAGCUGAACGAGCCUGUAAAGACCCAAACCCCAUCAUCGAUGGCCGCAAAGCCAACGUCAACCUGGCCUACCUGGGAGCAAAGCCUCGCAGCCCACAAACAGGCCUCUCUAUUGGUGUGCAGCAGAUCCACCCCACGCUGUUACAGAGGCAGUAUGGGUUGGCUCAGCAGUAUAUGUACUCCCCCCAGGCCUAUGUUCAGCCUAGUCUGAUGUUACCAAGCCAGGUCUCGUCCACCAUGGGCUCCCCCUAUCUGGACUACAGCGCGGCCUACGCGCAGUAUGCAUCUGCUGCCUUCGAGCAGUACCCCUACGCUGCCUCACCAGGCUUCCUGAGUUACGCCUACCCCACCACGACCCACAUGGGACCCUCUGCUGCUGCCACCCCUACGCCUGUCCCACCCUCUCUCUCAGCAGGAACCACCUCAGCAGCAACCGCCUUCCUCCAGUACCCCGCCCAGCCACUGCAUCUGGACCGCCUGCAGUGAAGAGGAGCGGGUGGAGUAGAUUAUUGCACUAUUACAUCAUCAAGAUGGGACGAAGGGCCGUGAUGUAAUCAGCGUGGGACUCAUUGCCAUCAAGUGGAGACCCCAGUCACUCCCAAAGGGCUUCCUGUUGUACUUUUACAAACAAGCAAGGAAAAACAAAAACACGUUAGUUUAAAUGAACAUUAGUCCUACAAUUUUUUACCAUUUAUUAAUAUUAUAAUUAAUGUUAUUUUUCAACAUGUAUCUUUGUUAUUGUCUGUGCUGUUGGUAUGAUUGUUAUAUGAACUCAGUGGACUCAGGGCUCUGGCUGUGUAUGGGACUGUGGCUGAGGGAGGGCGGGGUUGUAAGGGGCCCCAGGUACACUCCCAGAGAGGCCAGGGGGAGGCCUAGAGCAGGGGAGAGUCAGGCCUGGGCCAAGCUCCACUGCUCAGGACAAAUGGAGGUGGUGGAUGAUUAACAAGCAAAGGCUUUCUCUAAAACUAGAUGCUGAAACCCUAACUCUUUUUAUGGGCACCGUAUCACAGGCAGGCAAACACACACACACACACACACACACACACACACACGCAUUAUAUACACCAAUAUCUAGAGGUACUGAAUACUAUUAGUAAACAUAUGUAUCUUAAUCACACCAAACCACUUCAAAAAUGUCCAUGAUGAGGCCUUUUGUAGAUUUUCCUUCAUUCAUCCUACAGUUCUUCAUCAUCUUUCUCCAAUUUGGACCCUUUUAUGCCUUAGCAUUUUAAAGGGUUUAGAAUAUUAUGGUAACCUGAAUUUAGCCAUUUAUCUCUUUCUUCAAUCCUGUUCUCAUUCACGUCUGUAAAAUCUCUUUCUCUCUUUAUCUUUAUCUCUUUCUCUUUCUCUCCAUAGUACACAAUGAUAACUCAACUGAAUAUUCUGUUUGGUACAGUGGUGGGCGGAUUGAUGUGUAUAAGGUAGACAACACUGUAAGUCCUGUAUUUUAUGUAAUUACUAAUGUAAAGCCAGGAUAAUCAGUAAGGACAUAUUUAUGUUGACUCAACAGCUAUGGGAGAGGUGAUGAUGAUAAUACAGUAUUUAUGUUGAAGGUAUUUAUAUCGCAGUAACAAAUAUCCAUGUUUCACCUGUGCUUCCAUGUCUCUCUAAGACAACCGAUCAGACCUCUGUCUCUAGAGAGGCUUUCUCUCAGGCUGCCACCCUCAGCUGAUGAGGGCCUGGCGUAGUCGCUCCUGCCCGAGGAAGCCUGUCAUGUAGGGUCUUAGACUGAGUUAUUUCAGGAGGAAUGGAGUCUGUACCAAUAAAAGAUUUUGUUUUUUUUAGAGCAGGGGGUGAGCGAUCAUUAUUUAAUACCAACUGUACAAAAGCCUGACCCAUGUCCAUAUAGGGACAUACCAGACUUGAAUGGAGUCUGCAAAAAGUGGAUGUAGAUUUUGGUUGGGGUUGUAAUUUGGGGUACUUUUGGGUUAGCUGGCAUUGUCACACGGCUGGCGUUUCUCAGUGGCACAAUAUUUAUGUAUGGCAGAAGCCAGACAACAAUGUUCACAAUAAAGGACUUUGUAAAUACA